AAAAGUAUUGCACUUUCAUUGGCUAGUUUAAAUUCUCUUCAUUGCGCAUGUGUCUCGACUGUUUCAAGUGGUUUUUAUCUGUUUUAACUGAUCAUUUCAUAUUUCGUAUUUAGCCAGCCACUAUCGUUUUUAUAACAAUCAUACACGUUUUCAUUAAUUUCUGACAGCUUUCAUAUAUAUUGAAUAAAUUAUUAUUAUUAAUAAUGACAACAGAGACACAACGUUUACCAAAAAUGGAAAUAUUUCAUCGUGUUCUCGAUUUACCAACAAUUGAAUUUGCCCUUUCAAAAUCGGCAAGUACUUAUUCGCGAGUAAAAGAUUCAUAUCAAUUAUUAAAUUGGGCUCUAUCAACUGCUGAAUAUUCAUUAACAAAAGCAACAAAACAAGCUGCACCAAUUGCAGUUCCAAUUGCCAAGAAAUUUAAAACUCCAAUACACUUUGUUGACCACACACUCUGUCUGGGCCUCGAUAAAAUCGAAGAAAAAGUUCCAUUGGUCAAGGAACAGCCUGAACAGAUUAUAGAAAAUGCUUAUAUGUUGGCUUUACAAACAGUGCAACCAGCGGUUUCGACAAUUUCACAUGCAAAUGAUCUUAUUAUAUCGCAAGCCGCAUCACUGAAGGAAAUCAGUUGGAACAAGGUUAAUCAAAUUUUGAGCACACAUUAUGGAUCUGUUGCUGUGCAGAGUAUUGAUACCACUGCAAUUGUUGUCGAUAGACUUAUUGAUAGAUAUUUUCCACCUAUUGGUGAAGAAGAAGUAUCUGAAUCAACUAUAGCCGAAGAUGAUAAACUACUUCAUACAUUGCAAACAAUGGGACGUCUUUCAAAUAAAGCGGCAAGACGUGUUUAUUCAAAUAUGGUAUAUCAUUAUCGAACAUUAAAUAAAGAUAUAUUAAAGGCAUAUAUUGGUUCACUUGUGGAAUUUCUUCAUAUCACACGUUAUUUGCAUGCAAUCAACGGUAAAGUGCAAACAAUCACAACAUCGCCAACAAAAUCGAAGGAGAAGACAAAUUGAAAAUUCAACACGUACAAUUAUUUUCACGACAAAAACGACAUUGAUUUUUGUAUUUAUUUUUCAUAUGAGUAUCAUUUGUUAUAUUAUUUUACAUUUUUUCCUCAUUUACACAGACACAAGAGAUAGAAUUCAAUCUACAUUCAAUAAUUGUAUGAUGAGUUAUGAUCGAAAUCGAUUGAAGAGUUUAGGUUGAUUAAAAAAAAAAAAAAAAAAGAUUUGCAAUUAUAUAAUAUUUUUAGAAUUAUACAUGUACACAUAUAUCAAUUUAAUUAUUGAUUAAAGUUAUUGCCUUUUUUUCAAUUACGAAAAUAUUUUUUUUUAUGCUUUUUGCCAAUAAAAAAUGGUGGUUGUUUAUAUAAA